AAUCAAAGCGCGUUGUGAAUUGGAGGAAGACACUUGUGUCGUCUGUACACACUCGAAUCUAGCUGCCCGAAAAUAUCUGACUCCUGCCCGAUCCGCCCCUGCAGCUCUACUCACUGACACGGUCAGCUACCCGUCAUCACCAUGGGCUGCUCCAAACUCCAAGACCCCUGUGCGCGCCUCUCUUUCUCUCUCACUAGACCUUCUCUCUCUCUAGACUAGAGUACUUAAAUGCGAACUUUCCCUUUGGCCAUGGACGCCACCACCUUACCGGAGGUUGGCGCACGAUAAAGUGGGGAGCCGGGACGGGGAGCGGGCGGUGAACGGCUCAGGGACAGAGACAGAGAGAGAGAGAAGGGUGGAGGAAGUGAUGGGUCAAGGGCUUAGUUGCAGAGCCGGCCAUGAACAUGGGCUGUUUAGUGCGGUUCAGUUUGGAGACAUGGAGACGGUCGAGAGUUUGUUAGACAGAGACCCGUCUCUCUUGCACCAGAACACUGUCUAUGAUCGCCACGCUGCUCUCCACAUAGCCGCUGCUAAUGGCCAGAUCGAGAUUCUAUCCAUGCUUUUGGAUCGAUCAGUCAGUCCGGAUGUGAUGAAUCGUCACAAGCAGACUCCUCUUAUGUUGGCGGCAAUGCACGGGAAGAUCUCUUGUGUGGAAAAACUUCUCCAAGCAGGGGCCAAUAUUUUGAUGUUCGAUACUCUCCACGGAAGAACCUGCUUGCACUAUGCUGCUUAUUACGGUCAUUCUGAUUGCCUUCAAGCCAUUCUUUCUGCUGCCCAUACAACGCCUGUUGCUGCUUCUUGGGGAUUUGCUCGUUUUGUGAAUACUAGAGAUGGUAGAGGAGCAACCUCUUUGCACUUAGCUGCUCGGCAAAGACGGCCGGAAUGCGUUCAUAUUUUGUUGGAUAAUGGAGCUCUUGUUUGUGCUUCAACAGGCGGAUAUGGCUGCCCUGGAAGCACUCCCCUUCAUCUGGCAGCUAGAGCUGGGUCUAUGGACUGCAUCCGCAACUUGUUAGCUUGGGGCGCAGAUCGACUUCAAAGAGAUGCAUCCGGGAGAAUACCAUAUGUAGUUGCCUUGAAGCAUAAGCAUGGAGCAUGUGCAGCUUUACUCAAUCCUUCUUCAGCUGAGCCUCUUAUCUGGCCAGCACCUUUGAAGUUCAUCAGUGAGCUUAAUCAGGAAGCAAAAGUUCUAUUAGAACGGGCAUUAAUGGAUGCUAACAGGGAGAGGGAGAAGGACAUCUUGAAGGGAACAGCUUGUUUGCCUCCAUCUCCGCUGCGUUCCGAUGCUGGGGUGGACGACAGUAUCUCUGAGGCAAGCGAUGCUGCAGAAUUGUGCUGCAUUUGCUUUGAUCAAGUCUGCACAAUUGAAGUACAAGACUGCGGCCACCAAAUGUGUGCGCAAUGCACACUGGCCCUCUGCUGCCACAGCAAGCCCAACCCAACAACUGCCUCCCUUGCUGCCCCUCUUUGCCCAUUUUGCCGGAGCAGCAUUGCCCAGCUGGUGGUAGUCCAGACGCAGACUGACAGCGACGAUGCCGACCUGGAAGCCAACUCCCCUAGGCUAAGAAGAUUGAGAAAGUCCCGGAACCUGAGCGAGGGCAGCAGCAGUUUCAAGGGCUUAUCGGCGGUGGGCUCAUUUGGGAAAAUGGGCACCAUCAGCUCAGGAAGGAUUCCUGCUGAAAAUGAGUGGGUGGACAAGACCUGAUUAAUGGUGUUUUCAACAUUCAGCAAUCAAAGACCAAGCUAUCAGGUCGGGCGGGCCGGUGGAAACCCAUUCGGGUAUAUAUGGAUGAUAUAUUUAUAUAAAUAUAAAAUAUAAAUAGAUAGAAGUCCAUCUGCUAGUGUAGAAUUGGGAAAUAAGCAACAAGUGAUUUGCAGGUUUGGGUUGGUGAGUUUGGUCGUGUGGGUCAUAAGUGUUGUAAUCUUUGUUUGUUUACUCUUUCCUAAAGGAGCAGUGGUGCGUCUGAGGAUCUGUUCUGUUAGUCAUCUGAAUAGGAAAAAAAAAAAGAAUUCUUUUUGUGUAAUAUUUUUCUCCCUUUCCUCGUCAAAUGAAAGUGAGGAUUAUUCAA